AUAUUUUCCGUGACCAAAAAUUGUAUUCUCCGUGUUUGUGAUCGAUUUCUAACGUAUCGAACUAAAUAAAUCGGGAAUUCAAAAUCCCAAUCGAAUUUGAUUGGGCGUUGAUGUUCGAAUUGAAUCAGUGUUUAAUUCUAUUGAUUGUGCAAUUGAAUAAAACCCUAAAUUGGCCAAAAAUUUCGUUGCUUUCGCGAUCUGUGAGUUUCCAAUGGCGGAUCAAGAGGAGGAGGAUUUGAGAAUGGCGUUACGAAUGAGCAUGCAGCACGAGUCACCAGAGCCCAAGCGGAGCAAGCCCAGAGACGCCGUCACUGGAGCCCUGGUGGAUUGUCCGGAGGAAUCACCAGAGGCCAAAAACCGGAGGUUACAGCGCGAGCUCAUGGCUGCGGCUGCGGAGAAGAGGAUGCUGGCCGCAAGAAUUACCUCGCCCUCGGGCUCGCCUUCAAAAGCCAUCUCGAAUACAAGAGCCCAUUCUGCGAAGAGUGAGAAUGAUUUGGGCAGGAAAGGUGCCACUUCAGGGAAGGAGUUAUCGCCUGAAGAAGCAAACCAGUUGUUUUCCAUGGUUUUUGGUACUGGAGUGUCGAAGGAUAUUCUGGCUCAGUGGAGUAAUCAAGGAAUAAGGUUUAGCCCUAAUCUGGAGACAGCUAUGGGCCUGGUGCAGCAUGAAGGUGGCCCCUGUGGCGUCUUGGCGACUAUCCAAGCAUUUGUUCUCAAAUACCUACUUUUCUCUCCAGAUGACUUAGGUAAAGUUACAUCCAACACAUCACAAAAUCUCGGUGCAAGGAGCUUGUCCAAAGGUCUGUGCGUUGCAUCAACUAAUUUUGCUUCUCUUACUGAAGAAGCAAAAGCAAGAGCUCUAGUUAGAAGUAUGGGUGAGAUAUUAUUCCUCUGUGGAGGUUACAAAAGAGCGGUGAUUGCAACUCUGAGUUCUUUCGCCCCAGAAGACAUUUCAAAGGAUGAGAUAAUUGCAAAAGCGCUUGAAGGUCUUGCAAUUGAAUCAGCUUCUGAUUUACAGAAGUUCUUGAGGGUUGAUGAAUAUGCUUCGCAAGCAAGUGCAUUUCAGAGGCUCGAAGACAUGAUUCCUGUUUUCCAAAGCCGUAUGGGGGCAAUGUUAUUUCUUAUUUCUGCAUUACUUUCCCGAGGACUGGACUUCAUUCAAGCCGACAGGGAUGAUCCAAGCCUGCCCCUAGUUACUGCACCAUUUGGCCAUGCCUCACAGGAAAUUGUAAAUCUAUUACUCUGCGGACAGGCUGUGCCUAAUGUAUUUGACGGGAGGAUGGAUCUAGGCGGUGGUCUGUUUUUGAAAGGCAUAUCAACAAAUGUGGAAGUAGGAUUUCUCACUCUGCUAGAAUCUCUCAAUUUUUGUAAGGUGGGGCAGCAUUUGAAAUGCCCGAAAUGGCCGAUAUGGGUUGUUGGGAGUGAAUCCCAUUAUACAGUCUUGUUUGCUCUUGAUACUAGUGUUCAAGAGGAGAAUGAACUGGAAGAAAGGGAAUCGCAAAUCCGGAAAGCUUUUGAUGUCCAAGAUCAGAGUGGAGGUGGUGGUUUUAUUAGUGUUGAAGGUUUCCAUCAGGUCCUCAGAGAUGCAGAGAUUAGACUCCCACCUGAGAAAGUUGAGCAGCUUUGCAGUACAGGCUUUAUUGUCUGGAGUGAAUUUUGGCAAGUUAUUUUGGAUUUGGACAAAACCCUGGGAGGUCUAAAGGAUUCAAGUAGUUCGAUGGGCAGGAAGGUUUUUGAUCUUUACCAUUUUAAUGGAAUUGCAAAGUCAGAUUUGAAUGGUGGCCAGGCAAUAUCUGGGGGAGAGACCCCUGUACAAAGACCUAGGCUUACAAAAUUGAGGGUUUCUGUUCCCCCAAGGUGGACUCCUGAGGAGUACUUGGCGACUGUGCCCUCUGGUCCUUGUGCGGAUGAAUCAACUGGUAAAGACACUGAAGUAUCUAAACCUGAGCCUUCUCAGCAUGCGCCUUUAGUGGACUGCGUUAGAACACGCUGGCCACGUGCCAUCUGCAACUGGACGGGGGAUCCCCCUAGUAUAGUCUGAAUGGUUGUCAACUAUAUUUAUUGUGAUUCUGUUCAAGUUUUGGAGAGGAGUAAAUCAUUUGGCGAAAAGCAAAUCUUAUUUAAGCAGCAAAACACAAGCUUCUGGUGUUUGAAAAUAUACCUCUGCGCGUAUGAGUUGUUUCCCCCAGCCCCUCAAGUUUUACUUGUAGACUUUGUGCAACACCAUUUGAUUAUGUGUAUUAUUGUAGCUUUCUUGGUCCUGAUUCGAUUUCGGCAUAAAAAAGGUUGAUGGGAAACGAAAGGGUUGUGUCGAGUUGAUUGGCAAUUCCCAUAUGUAAAAUACAUUCAUGUUUACCUUAGUUGAUUGCGGCUUGAGAAAUGUCAAUAAUGAAUAUCGAAUUAUUUCUUGCUGUUCUAUUGCA